CACAGGAGGAGGAGGAGGAGGAGGAGGAGGAGGAGGAGGAGGUGUAGUGGUGGUAGGAAGAGGGAGGGGAAGUUGCGACGUAGUAGCGACUCACUCACUCAGUCAGUCAGUGAAGCAAGUUUCCAGCGACUCAGCCAUCACGGUCUGAAACUUUUUGUGGGAAAUGAACAAAGUUGGUGGCUGCGGAGGAGGGGACAGGAGGCCCUGAUCUCGGGGUGGUGAAGCCUGUUUUGGGGGCUCGGUCCGGAGGAGUAGCUGAAUAAUAAUAUGGGUCAGACUGCUGUGUCUGCUGCCGUGUCUCAGCCUGCAGGCGUUGAUGGGUUGGAGAAAUCAUCAUCACUGGCCAGCUGUGAUGUGGUGGUUGACAGCACCGCCAAUCCCCAGAAUGCCCCUCCAUCACGGCAGCAGCGAGGCAAGCUGUCGUCACUAGGAAAACUGUUCAAACCCUGGAAGUGGAGGAAAAAGAAGACCAGCGACAAGUUCCAGGAUCUUUCCAAAGUUCUAGAGAGAAAAAUCUCCACCAGACAAACAAGAGAGGAGCUCAUCAAGAAAGGAGUUCUCAUCCUCGACCAAGAUGAAACAAUCAACAGUGAAAAUCUGAAUGGCCAUCCCACGUCUGGUGUGACAGCAGAGGAGGUCAAAGUGGACAUUGAGUCUCCAGAAACAGCGCUGGAGGACAAAACGGAGAGGUGCGAUAUUAAACAACCCCUCGCCCGAGCAAAGCAGGUGCGACCCCGGGACGCUCAAGCUAAAAAACAGCAAAGCGCCACUCUGCCCGCCUCUUCCAAACCUGCGGCCGGCGCUGCGGCCACAACUAAGCACAGAGACGGCGCUUCGGGGACUAAAAAGACUGCUAAAACCACAGGCAAGGCAGGCUCAUCCACUCAAGCUAAAGCUAACCCGCGGAGCACUAACACCACUAGUCGCGGGACUGCCAAAUCCUCCCAUCCAAAGAAGACAGGAUUCACGACAAAAACCACCACCGCCUCCACCUCCAACUCCACCUCCAACUCCAACUCCAUCCCUCGUUCUCGUGGGUCUAAGGACUCUGCAGCACAUACUGAGGGGACCAACCGGAAAUCAAACACUCCCACCUCUUCCUCCGUACCUCAAAAGGCCCCCUCAGAGACUUCUAGCCAGCCUGGGGAGUUAAAAUCCUCGCCCCAGUCCUCACACACCAAGCCUGCCUCAUCUAAAGCCUCAGGCGAUGAGGCAGAGGGAACUCCGGCUGCUUCUCCUCCUGCUCUAGAACCUAAAUCUGCUCCCAAUGGCUCAACUGCGGGUGAGGAGACCCACAAGGGUGUGGCUUCUGAACCCACUGUCCUGUCUCCCCUUAUCAACUCUGCUACAGAGGACACUUCCUUCACAGAGGGAGAGACGGGGGAGAAACGGGGGAGAACGGGAGUGGAGGGGGGAGAUGAAGACAAGAAGAAAGGAGAAACAGUGUCUGCUGAGGAGAACAGCCUGAGGUCUGCAGAGGGCCAAGCUGAAAAGCCACAGGGCCUCAGUGUGAACACAGAGACGGCCUUGGUGACGGUGAUCCCCGAUAGGCCGAGAGACAGCCAAACUAGUGACUCUGACUCCGACGGACCAAUCCUGUACCGUGAUGAGGAGGAAGACGAGGAAGAAGACGAGUACACGACCAGCGCUCUGGCCAUUAGGAUCCGCCGACGAGACACCCUGAACAUCAAACUGGGGAACCGACCCAGCAAGAGAGCGCUGGAGGAUUUAAACAUUCUGCCACGGAGCUCGGAGACGGAGAGACAGGAGCUCCGACAGCAGAUUGGCUCCAAACUAGUCAGGCGCCUGAGCCAAAGACCCUCCACAGAGGAGCUGGAGCAGAGAAACAUCCUCAGGCACAAGAAUGAAGAAGAAGAGCAUGAAGCCAAGCAGGAGAUUAAAAGGAGACUCUCCAGAAAGCUGAGUGUGAGGCCCACAGUGGCAGAGCUCGUCGCCCGCAGGAUCCUUUGUUUUAACGAGUAUGUGGAGGUAACAGACGCCAAGGAUUAUGACCGGCGGGCAGACAAACCCUGGACACGGCUCACUCCCGCUGAUAAGGCUGCUAUCCGUAAGGAGCUGAACGAGUUCAAGAGCCGAGAGAUGGAGGUUCAUGAAGACAGCAAACAGUUCACCAGAUUCCAUCGGCCCUAAGCGCUCUCACUGCCAGCUGGACGUCAGCACCACAAGCUUUCCGGUCCACAGCUCCCAGCAGUCCCCCGGCCCUUCAGACCCUCAGUCCACGUUCCUUUGGGAUCCUCUUGCGCCUGAUAUGUAUUCUGUCUAUAGUGACAGCUACAGGUGUGUCUUAAGGCCUUGGCCAUCCAUGGACGCCAGUGAAACAUUUGCACAUAUCUAUAGUCAGAACAGUGGUGUGUAUAGCGCUCUGAUUAGAUUAUUUAUUGUAGAUGGCCAGAAUCUGCUGGUAUGUGAUAUUUGUUUUUUUGGUUCACUUCAGGCCUCAUCAUGAGAGGUUCUAGGGAGGAAAAAUAGGCAAAAUAUUGUGGCUAGUGAAUGUGGCUCAAUUGUACAAAAGAGUUUGUGUACUUGCCAAGGUAUGCCUUGUCAUAAACUGCCAUAUAUGGGCAUCCUCCUAGAACAGGAAAUGAGAAUGAUUGGCUGGUUGCGUGCUGAUGUCAGUGCCCAUGUCAUAGAUCAGAGGGGAGGAGAGGCAGUUUGUUCUGCUCCGAUGUGCCUCUCGGAGUUGAAUCUGAAAUACUGCAGUUCAUUUUUAGACAUAUUUAAAGUAUAUUGCCACUAGAGGGCAUUAUAUCAUAAGAAUUAUAGACCGUGAGGAUGAGGAGGUGUAUGUAGAUGAAGAAUAAUCUGAAAAGUGUUAUAUUUAUAACUGCUGAAGCUGAGGGAUCGGUGGGCACCUGAGGCUCUAAUAGUGAAAGUGCAAUUGAAAUCACUCCAGUUCUAGCCAAUUCUAAUUCCUCCUGAUGAUACACGAUGAUCAUGUACCAUCAUAUAAUGUAUCUUAUGUUGAGUUAUUAAGUGCAAAUCUCUGAUUACAAAGUGCUGGACUUGCUGUUUAGAGUGUUUUCAUUUUAGGCUUUUGGCCGGAGCUCUGACUCAGAGUGACUCGGUGCCAAAGAUAAAGCAGGAAUUUGAUUGUAUGUUUGUCUUUUUAUUUGAAAGUUUUGAUUUUGUUUGGCAGACUUCCUUUGAAGGUAUUGGGAAUAGAGAACAGGCAAUUGGAGUGUCCACCAGUGAAGCAAUCAACAGGCCUCUCGAAGAAGUCCAGAAGUACUUUAUUUUCCAUUUCCUUGAACAUUCUUUUGCAAUUUAAUCUGUCAGCCUGUGAUAGACACUUAAGGAGAGCUUUGCUGACAAGUGGUCCUUUUACACUUUGCCCUAACAUGCACCUUGAAUCCAGCAGUAAAAAUCCGUUUUUUUUAUUUCUCUUUUGAACCGGAGAAUUUAAAGGAAUUGUUCAACUUUUUGGGAAAUACACAAUGAGUUGAUUUACAAAAACUUAAUCUGGCAACUAUUUUCAUAGUCGAUUUAGUAAUUUCAGUAAUUUAACAGGUGGUGAUUUAAUGCUGUUUUUUUUUGUUAUCAUAUAUGACAUUAAACUGUCAGGAUUAAUACUGUCGGGAUUUGGACCGAUCUCAUAAAACAAGCUAAGGAAAUGUCCAUUAUAACUGGGAAGUAAUAAUGGACAUUUUCCAUUAUUUUCUGAUAUUUUAUAGAUGACAAGAUGAAUCAAUACGAAGAGGAAAAAAUAAUCAAAUAAAUUGACUGUCAAAAUAAUCAUUAGCUGCAGUGCUAAAAUGCCAAAUGCCAAUGUUACGGCCAAUUACACACUGGGGGCGUUCGUUUUUUUCUUCGUGCUACUAGUUCGCACGUCAAUAUAUUUUCUUGAACUGUUGUUUUUGUCACGAGUAAUUUCACACAGAAUGCAAAUAAGCAAAGCCGUUUUUUUUCAGAACAAAGUGGAUUUUUCUGAGCUUUCACACCACGAAUAACGGCAUGUUGUGGACUUUGUCACUCCAAGGCAGCGCAUAACAGAUUCACUCUUUUCGCUCUUACCUUUCACAAUAAAAGCUUAGAUAUAUAUACACUGUGUAACUGUUUAUCUGAGGCAAAUUGACUAAAAUAGUAGCUUUAGGCCAGUGGUUCUCAACCUUUUUUGUGUCAAGGACCUCUAAAUUGAUACACAUUAGGUCACGGACCCCCAUUUGAUAAGAUUUCACUUCAGGGACCUCCAAUCUGAAAAGAUGUUGAUUGUUGUGAUUAGACCGGAAUUCUAUAAUUGUCAACUACAGUUGAGGAGAUAACCGUGGAGGAAGUGAAACAUAUGAUCAGAAUCUGACUCUCACUGAAUUAAAUAGGUAAAAUAAAUUCAUGAACUCCUUCAAAGACCCCUGGGGGUCGAGAACCACUGGAUGUGAAAUAUUCGCAGGCGAGUAUUUAGCAUUUUUGUUUUGUUUAUUUGUAUAGAUGAGUAUUGAAGCAAAGAGACGAAACUCUGGUGUUUUUCUAACAACAGCUGCUGCCUCAAUUUUUGAAACGCUUAUUAUAUUUAUAAAAUGUUAUUGUUCAACACAGGCCAUUUCGGUAGAAUAUGACAAAAUAAUCUUGUUUUACUUUUGUACGGCACUUUUUAGGCGGACGUUUCACUGGCAUCUUACCCAAAAUAGCGGAAGCGUACCUCUGCUGCUGGGUGCUGAUGUUGCAAUGGAACAAACAAUUGACUUUCACUUCUUGACAAUAUCCGUUCUUUGUAUUCGUCACGCCCCCCCGGUGUGUAAAGGCUUAUAGCCGAAAAGUUUGAUACCACCAGCAGGCGAUUAGCUCAGCUUAGCAUAAGCACUGGGAACAGUGGGAGACAGCUAGCCUGGCUCUUCACAUUUCAUUUUUUGUACACAUUAAAAAGACAAGAUUUAUUAAGAGGUGCUGGUAGAUUUGUUUGUAUCCUUUCGAACAGAGCCAGGCUAGCUGUUUCCCCCUGUUUUCAGUCUUUAUGCUAAGCUAAGCUAAUUGCCUGCUGGUUGUAACUUCACAAGUAGCACAUAGACAUGAGAGUUUCGAUCAUCUCAUCUAACUCAGCAAAAUUGUGAAUGAGAGGAUUUCCCAAAAUUUUCAAAAUUUUACUUUAAUAUCACAUGUAAGGCAAAACUAAAAUAUUUGUUACAGUAAUCUAAGCAGACAGAAGGGAGGUUAUGAAGCAGCAUGGUGUAUUUCUUGGCUCAUUUUAUAUUCCAAUGCUCUUCAGGAUUCAAUUUGUAUUUUGUGCACUCUUGGAAAGGUGUUUAGGCUUUCAUAAGUCUAAAUUGAUUUUUUUAUUGUGAGGAGAUUAAAUACACAUAAGUAAAGCAGUUGGCUGCACAACAACUUAACUACACUCAAGAGGAUUUGCCUUUGUUUAAAUAUGCUGACACAGACAUUUAGUGUGUGUGUGUGUGUGUGUUUGUAGAUUUAUGAUUUGUUAGCAACGUGGAUGAGGUGGUUCACCUUUGGUGCAUUUAUAGAUUUUCUGCUUCAAAAUGCUCUGAAUACUCGAGAUGUAUGUUAAUGCAAAAUGUAAAGGGGAUCAAUUAAUAAUGAUUUGUUUUUGCGUGAACGCCAGAAGGUUUUGCUGAGCUAUCAGACAAAGAAAAGUCAGUGGUGAAAUGUCGGACAGAUAUGCAGACAGAGAACCUGAACUUAAGACUUUCUCUCAGAAAUAUUUCAGGAGAAGCUGGGACAGAAAAAAACAAAUCAUGGCGUGGCUGUUCAAUGUUUUUUUUCUUCCCAGCAUAUUUGGAAUAUAAAAGAAGACGUUGGUUGAAAAGUGAUUGACAGAUUGAGCUUGCUGACGUCCAAAGCCUUGUGUUCUCAUAAUAGACCUCGUACGUUGUUAACACAUGUCAUUCUUACAAAUAGUAACUGAAUAGGAGAGCUUUAUUCUUUGUGUUUCUGAAUGUGCGGAGGUUGUAACAGGAAAUGAUGUACAGUGAUUGAAAAGAACCAACAGUAUUCAUUCAUGUCAAUGUCUAUGUUGUUAUAUAUAUUGAUUAUUUUGUACAUAAUGUAUAUCAAGCAUGUGCAUACAUUGAAAUCAAUUUUACUACCAUUAUGAUACAAUAGAACUUUGAUGUGAAUGUUUUAAA